UUUGUCUAAUUGACUGAAGGCAACUCGUCGCUGAGGGAGAAGAUGGGUAAUCUUUGGAACAAGGAACCGCCGCCACCGGUAGUUCUGGUGCCUCCCAUCUUCGAUUUUCCGCCUCUCGUAGCACGCAAAAGGAUGCUGGUUCCAGCUUAUGACUUGCUAUUCGGGAAACUGGCACUGCGAUGCCUUUUUGAGGACUACUUUGAGAAGGCACGGCAGUUGAAUACUAAGAUUAUGCUGAAGCCAUUGGAAGAUCCUCAUGUGGAUUUGGUUGCAACAGUUUCUAGUUCCCUUGAUGAGAAAACUGGUGCAAAUGUGGUAGGAAAUGCUUUAUUCUCCUGGCAGAGGGAUUUGGAUGACCCACACACUUUCAUAGACCUUUUCAUAUCUACCAAUAACCCCAUUUUACGCUUAAGGUCCUGUGCAUAUUAUCCAAAAGUGGGAUUUGGAGCUUUUGGUAUAUUUCCUGUGCUAACUCCUAACAGGGUACAACCGGAAGAUUAUGGUUUCAUGGGCUUGAGAUAUGGAUCUGAAAAACUUUCUUUUGGUGCUAUUCUUAUGCCGUUUCCUGUAUCUAGCGAGAUUCCAAUAUCUGCGUGGGUGGUUGGAAGGACAGGGAGGUUAUGCUUGGGUGUGAAGUACGACCCCCCAAAUGGAAGUAGGCGUCCUAUGAAUUUUAUGGACUUAAAAAGCUGGAGUUAUGCUAUUGGAUAUGGAUUGGGCUCAAACAGUCCUUUGAGUCCUUCAUUUAAUUUCUCCCUUGAGCUUGUCAAACAAUCGCAGUUAAUCACAUCAUUCUAUCAGCAUCUUGUAGUACAAAGAAGGGUGAAAAAUCCUUUUGAAGAAAAUGAAGUUGUGGGAAUCACAAACUACAUUGACUUUGGUUUCGAGUUAACGACGAGGAUUGAUGGACAAAAACCAGCUGGGAGUGUGGACGAGUCAUCAUUCCAAAUAGCUGCAGCUUGGCAAGCCAACAAGAAUUUUUUGCUGAAGGGAAAGACAGGCCCAUUGAGCUCUGCUUUUUGCUUGGCAUUUAAAUCUUGGUGGAAACCUUCAUUUACAUUUAGCAUAACAGCUAUUAUUAAUCACCUUAGUGGGAUGGCGUCUUACGGGUUUGGCAUCCGGGUUGAGAAUAUUAGAGAACCCAGCUAUGAAAGAGCUGAUCCAAAUUAUGUGAUGCUUACGCCAAAUAAAGAGCAUUUAGCCGAAGGCGUUCUUCGGGAUUUCGGGAGUCGCCCGAUGUUCCAGUCUGAGAUAAACUCUGAAAAUUACGAUCGAUUACCAAGAGAACUGAGGCCAAUUGGGAAGAUCUUCUAAACAUGGAACCCAGAUUCAAGCCAAAUAUGGGACUUCACAUGCUCUUAAGAGUAUAAUAACUACAAUUUUUUAUUUCUUAAUUGGAAAUGUUGAUCAAAUGAGCUUUUUUUCAUACAUCAAAAAUUGUGGGUGCAAAUUCAUCAGUAUGAUCUACUAAAGGGCUUUUUUUUUUUAUGAAUGA